CAGUUUGUUUUUUUUUUUUAGAUUUGCUCACAAAAAACAGAUGUGUUAAAUUAUUGGGUGUUAUUUAUUCAGUUAAUGUUUUGCAGGUGGUCAUAACUUCAGUUUUUGAAAAAAGCAUAUCAAAGAAAGUAGAAGAUCCUCCUUUUCCAAGUGUCCCACUGGGGAAACAUGACGGAAAAAUUCUAGCUCAAUUCAGAAUGUAAUUGAAUCAGUCACUGGAAUUUUCUGUAGUUUGUCACAUUGUUUUAUUAAUACUACAAGACAGUAAGAUGCCUGUUUAGAGAUAUUUAUGAUCUGAAUUAAAUCACAGACUAAUAUAAUAGUUGAGGUUGGGAGGGAUCUCUGGAGAUCAUCUAGUCCACCCCCCUCCCCUUCCUUGAGCACCAACUUCCUUCUCUGAGUAGGAUCGGUAAGAGCAGGCUGCCCAGGACCAUGUCCAGUUGGAUUUUGAGCAUCUCCAAGGAAGGAGACUCCACAACCUCUCUGGGCAACUUGUUCCAGUGUUUGAUCACUUUUACAGUAUAAAUUUUUUUUUUUAAACAAUUUCUUGUAUUUCAAUUUAUGCCCAUUGCCUCCUGUCCUUUCAGCGGAUACCACAGAGAAGAGUCUGGUUCCAUCGUCUUUACUCUCUCCCUUCAGGGCUAGAACAUACAUGAUUUGAAAGUGUGUGAUUUGAUCAGAAAUGAGGAAGAGUUUGAUGAAAUUCCUAUUGAUACAAAGCUUGAACAAUCACUACAAUAAGGACAGGAUCAGAUUUUAAGAACUAAUACCAAGCAGAAGAUUUACACCCUCCCAAGACUUCCCACAACUGGGACAUUAAACCACAAUACCAACACCAUAAUACCAACACCACCAGAACAAGGCAAUCCAUUAAAAGAAUAAACAGUGGUUAGCGAAAGAACUGGUGGUAUUCCCAUUGAAGAUCACAUUUUGCAGAUGAUGUUCUGCACUCACUUGGCUGCCAUAGUGUGUUAAAGGUUUUAUUGUUUAAAGGAAUUCUACAAGGAAAAUGAAUGCAGUAUGAGCAUGAAAAUGCAGUAUGAGCAUGAAAACAAGGAUGGUGAUGUUGUGUCGGACCAAAGUAUCCUGUCUUCAGCAGUGGCCAGCAGUGGAUAUCAGGCUAGGACCAGGGCAAGCUGAUGUGAUGCUUCCCCAGAAUACUCUUUCAUUCUCCGGCAGUUUGCAGAGGCAGCGUUUUGUACCCAGGUAUAGGGCAUCCACGUGCGGGCUGCGACGUUUCGGUCAGAUCCGGGCACGGCAUGAAGGCUAAACCUGGCUUCCCCGGGAGAAGAGAGUGGCCCGGUGGCGCCGGGGCUGUGAACCAGGCUGCUGGCGUGCAAGAGCAGACCACCCGCAGGCUGCUUCCCGGCUUGUGUGGCAGCAAAUUAAAUCCCAAGGAUGAAUGCUGUGCAGAGAGAUCAGUGCUUGCCCAGCCAACAUUUGUCUUUGAAAAGAAGGACCAUCCUUCAAAGAGGCCUGCAGAAGACCCAGUUUGCAAAGCUGAAAAUGAUUUCAUUAGUUGUUCCAGAAAACGUGCAAGAUCAUCAUCUUUUACUCUCCAGAAGUCUGACUCACAGUCCAACACAGAUACAACACUUUCUCAGAAAAGAGGACGAUCAUCUUCCUUUACCAUCCUUCCUACCUUUCCACCCUCCCAGACAGUAAAGAAGAAUAACAUAUUCAUGACCUCAGCUCUUCUUCGAAGGAACACUAUCAAAAGUACAAAAGAAGGAUGCUUGUCACAAAAUCAGUUGCGGAAUGUCAUUAGACCUGCCAUUUUACAGCCACCACAAGCCCUCACAUAUCCUGAAAAUCCCAUAGCAUCUCUAGUGAUUAAGAAAGGAGCAUAUGUUCAGUUAUCUGAAAACAGCUCUUAUUCCUCAGCUGGGAAUUCAGUAAGUUUGAAGACAGCAGCAAGGUCAUCUGUUAGCAUGAAUCUUGCUAGCCCUAAAACAACACGAACUCAGCAAGUUGAAGACAGAAGUAUAGUAAACAGCAGCAAUUCUGAUUUUGUGUUUGGAGAAAACAUGAUUGAGAGAGUUUUGAGUCCUGAAAAGCAUCCCAAGACAUGUAAUGGAGCUGAUUCAUACAAAGCAGAAGUAACAUCCACGUACAUAGAAUCUUUUCAUGUUCAUCCACAAACAAAAACAGCUUUCUUGAAGAAUGCAACACUAACUGAAUCAGCAGCUGCUUGUAUUUCCAAGCCAGUGGAGAAAAUUCUAUUAGGUAAAGUUGAAAUUAUAACUGGAGAAGAAGCAGAACACAAUGUAUUACAGAUCAACUGCAAGCUCUUUGUAUUUAACAAGCUUUCUUUAACCUGGAUUGAAAGAGGCAGAGGAUCCCUGAGGCUUAAUGACACUUCUAGUAAUAAAUGUGGAAUGUUGCAAUCAAGGCUAAUUAUGCGAAAUCAAGGCAGUUUGAGACUGAUUCUCAACACCAGACUCUGGGAUCAAAUGGUGAUAAAAAGAGCAAAUAGAAAGAGUCUGUGCUUCACUGCAACAGACCAAGAUGACCACUCUGUUCAAGUGUUUCUGAUACAGGCAAGCUCAAAAGAUGCUGGAUACCUGUAUGCAGCAAUACAUCACCGCCUUGUGGCAUUGCGAAGCUUUACUGAGCAAGAAUCAGAUGCUAAUCAAAUAGACACUGAGUCAGAAAUAGCUUUUCAUCCAUUGAACUGUGAUAGUGAUGAUGAAGAUGAUGAAAAAAUAACUCAAGCAAGCAGCAGUGGAUCUGAUCAUUCUAGAUGCAACCACAGGCCGCCCGUAGUCUGCUCAUGACAGCUACCAGAGGUUACAACAGUGCAGCUGGGAGCUCAUCUUCCUGAAAUCUCUAAGCUGGCUCAUCAGUCCCUGGAGGGAGGAAAUCAGAUGCGUUUUACUUUAUGACUUUCAAGCAAAGGUUAAUUUUAGGGACAGCUUAAGUUUAAUACAUUGGAAAAGAAGCUGAGAUGCACUUUGAGGAUUCCAGUCAGCAUGCUUUGCACUGAGAUGAGAAUGACAGGAUGGCUUCCAAUAUUCAAGAAGUGUUACAAAGGCUCCAGGUUAUAGAGUUAAAUAUAUUUAUAGGCAUUAUUAAAGUAAGGAAUUUAAUACUGAUCAAUGUUCAUUCAUCAUAUUGAUGCAUAAAAUCACAUAACCGUGAAUAAUAGUAUACCUGAAGAUAUAUUUGUUUUUUUGGUCUGUUAUUUAAAACAUACAUUUUGAAGACUUUAAAUUGGGUUUCACUGAAAACAUUUUAAAUUAUGUAGCAGCAUUCAGCAUCCUCUUAAUCAGUACACACAAGAACUGUCAAUGGCAGUUUAGCAUAAGCAAGGUCUAUAGUAACCAGCCUUCAUAAUUGAACAAGUUUUGUAUUUUGAAAAUAUGUGGAGUUGUAGACUGGGUAUAAAAUUUUGUUAAAGGGCAAGGAACCAAGAUCUGCUUUUACACCCUCAAGCAUCAGGAGAAUUCAACAUUAAGAACUGAAAGACCGAAGUUCUAGGGGGCAUCUGAGCUUUAAAAUCUGAAAGUGUAUCCGUUUGCACUCAUGAACACCUUCUCUGCUUGCACAAAAGAAGCACUUGCACUGUUAAUUGUCCAUUUGAUAUAUACAAAUAAGUGCCCAAACAGUAUAACUGGAGAUCUCCAUAAAAAUUUAUCUUAAAUGUGUGAAAUUAGCUGACUACUUCAGACUUAUUUUUAGUUGUCAAUCUCCCUAAACAGCAUCAUCUCUUGCAAUGAGGCGAAGCUGUUACAUGCCCUAACACAUACAAUAAUCCCAACAGUGCCAAAGACCCAAUCACUUUGUAAAAGUGACUUCACAAGCUAUUUUUCACCAUCUAAUCAUUCCUACGCAGAAUUAGAAAAAUCAAUUCUCUUUAAUGCUACCUGUGAGCUAACAAAGUACCACAUCCUUCAUAACCCCAUGCUCAGUACAAAGACACUAUUUAAUGCUCUUCACUUUAAGAAAAUGUCUGUUUUCAUUCUCCUGCAAACCCUCUGCCACCUUUUAUAUUGUUGGUUACCAAAUACUAUUUUCUUGUCAUCCUCAGAGAUGAAAAAAUGUCCUAGAAUAUCUGAAGUUCUCUUCAUUAAGGUAGUUGUAAUGAUUUCAGAACCUUAAAAGCCAUUCUUGAAGAGUAAAAUUAAAAUUUAGUCUUCCCAUCUGAACGUAUAUAUGAAGUUGGAAGAAUUCCAGAUUCUUCCUGAAUUUUCAGUGCCCUGCCAAAAUUAGCAUCUGGAUUAUGCUGAAUCUUAAACAGCCUGCCAAAAUUAGCACUUGUCUGACAUUGAUUUAGCAUCUGGAUGACAGUGAGCCUAAGCGGGACUGCGGUUUUGCCUACAGGAAAAGGGAAGUGUUUCACAAGAGAACAUCUGUCUCAAAUAGUUAAGCUGGUAUACAGCAUUGGGAUUUUGUGACUCUUCAGUCUACUGAUAUUCAAGUAGCCAUGAUAACAAAAAUGUACUUUCCAUGUCUAGCUGUACGUUGUGUCCUUUCCUAUCAGUCUCAGUCCUGACCACAACUAUGCUUGUAUCACUGACCUCCAUAUUUCAUUGCUGCAACUCAUACUUAGGAACAAAGCUCCACGUUAUAAAAGCUUCCAACAGUUGUAAAACACGGCAGCCCUAUGUAUUGAGCAACAGGUCAUGGUGAGAACUUUGCCCUGGAGCUCAGCUGGUUAUGCAUUGAACGCAGCGUUUGAUUUCAAAGUCUGCCCUGAUAAUCAAAGCCCUCUAUGAAAUAGGGUCCAAGUGCCCAAGAGACUGUCAUGAUAUCCCACAAUAGCGAAAUUCUACUACAACUGUAGAAUCCUUGGCAAAUGAAGGGGUUCCAGAGCAGGAGAGACGGAGCUUUGGCAGAAAAGGACCUAAACUUUGGAAUUUGCUAUCACAACAUAUAUAACAAGGCUUAUGAUCCUCAGGAAAAAAACAAAAACUCUCCUUUGAGUUGCCUUUUCCCAAGAUCACUAUAUAUACAUGCAAGAAAAUAUAUAAGCACACACACUUAAAAAUGAAGCUGUAUCUCCUAAAAGCUGAGGAAAAAAAGAGAUGUUUAACUAUUUUAACUAUGUUGAAGAGUUUGGAUACUGUGGUAAUAGAGGCCAUAUAAAUACAUAGAUGUGCAGACAUAUUUAUGGUAUGCAUUUUUACUCUUGAGAUCCUAAUACAUUAUUUAUUCUAUUUAGUCUCAUUGCACUAAAAAUCAUUGUUUUCAAAACUGAAGGUAUGCUAAUAUGUAAUAUAUAAGCUGGUUUUGCUAAUGUAAAGUUUGUCAUUUUAUGACAGCCAGAGCAACAAAACAUUACUGUGUCCCCCAAAUAAACCAUUUUCUUAUGCCUUUCAGUCUAA